AUGCCUCCCCCACUCUCAUAUCCUGCCCUGAAACUUGUAUUGGAGUAUGUGGAACUUGAAAAACGAAUCCACCUCACAUCCCGUAGCAGUUUCCUUCAACGAAUCGAUAAAGCAAUACCUGUCUACGCAAAAUAUUUUUUUAUGCAGGGAAACAAUUUGAGACUAGACAAACUCUUAUUCGCUGUUGAACAUAAUUAUCGCCGAGUGGAAGAUGAGAAGAAUGGAAAGUUAUUGAUGAGUUAUUUAAAAGGAAGAUCGAGUAUCAAUGUGGCUUUCGCUGUCCUCUACGGAUUCAAGACUUCUCAAGAGAUCCCAGUGAAACUUGAAUUUAAAGUCAACAAAUUGACAACUUACUACUGUAAUUUUGAAGUCGUGCUCCCAAUGAUCAAUUCUCGCAGUCUUCCAAUCACAGCUCUUUCCAUUAUUCUCGAGGCGCCCACUAAUGUUGACCAUGAAAUAGUGCAUUCUGCCAAAAAUGUUAGUUUUAAUGUAAGCUCAUUGAGAAAUAAUCUGAUUUGUGUCGAGAAGCUUCGGAGCAAAAGUGCGCAAUUCGAAUUUCGAGAUCUGCCCAAAACUGAUGUCGUAAGAAUUAUUAAAUAUUGGAUUCAACAUGGAAAGGAAGUUGGGACGGAGUUUUCGUUCGUUUAUUUCAUGAAUUCUGAUCUCUGGAAUAUGAUAACUAAUUUGCAAGAAGAAUUCUGCAGAUCUCGAGGAUAUUUGGAGGAAAUCAAUGAACAUUGUUUAUCUGGCUUUUCUAUUCCGUUAAGCUCUUCGUCAAAACUUCUGGUCUAUGGAAUUAGAAAAUACUGCUACGAGCUGGUCUUAAAAGUUGUGUGA